AAUCCGCUCUUUACUUUCGACACAUUUCUGGUGUUUUAAGAUGCCUGAGCCAGCCAAGUCUGCUCCCGCCCCGAAGAAGGGCUCCAAGAAGGCGGUGACCAAAGCGCAGAAGAAAGAUGGCAAGAAGCGCAAGCGCAGCCGCAAGGAGAGUUACUCUGUGUACGUGUACAAGGUGUUGAAGCAGGUCCAUCCCGACACUGGCAUCUCUUCCAAGGCCAUGGGCAUCAUGAAUUCUUUCGUUAACGACAUAUUUGAGCGCAUCGCGGGCGAGGCUUCCCGCCUGGCGCAUUACAACAAGCGCUCGACCAUCACCUCCAGGGAGAUCCAGACGGCCGUGCGCCUGCUGCUUCCCGGAGAGCUGGCCAAGCACGCCGUGUCGGAGGGCACCAAGGCCGUUACCAAGUACACCAGCUCCAAGUAAACAUUCCAAGUAAGCGUCUUAACACCUAACCCCAAAGGCUCUUUUAAGAGCCACCCACAUACCCACUGAAAGAGCUGUGGCCAGAAGCCAAAUUUUAUUUGUAGGGAUUGGAGAGGGGUGCGGACAAGUGUUGCAGCUUAGAGAGGGACAAAGGGUCCUGAACCCGUAAGAAGCCAGCCAUUAAAAAUGGGUUUGGGGUCAAUUCGUUGUUCUUAAAUUUAAAAUGGAGACAAGCGGCCAUUUUGCUAACUCGGCGUUCCCGGAAGAAACCUCAGGCUCGCUUAGGUUUCAGACCCAGCUGUCUGUCCCUGUCUACGUCGCCAGGAUCAACGGUUGCCGUAAUGUCAUAAUUUCGCCACCAGCUUCUAGCCAAUAGGCUGUCCUGUCAUUUUAAAUAUUAACCAAUCGAGGGAAAGCUGUUUUGAGACUCUGAUUUACAUAGCGGACCGGAGUGGGAACCUGGGCAGUAACUGCCUAAGGAAGGACACCCCCUCUGUUUUCGUGGCGCACACCUUCGUAGUAUACUGAAGGCUGUGUCUCCUGGGUUUCCAACUGCCCCGCUAAUAGUCUUUUAACCUAAUAUGCGUCAGUCUUGAUAACAACACUAAGGCAGUACAGAACUAAAGAUGUAAGCACUGCGCCAGAUGUUGCUUCAUACAUCUUAUUCUAUUCAACUGGUUUAUUCAAGAUUCAAAUCAAAUAAAAUUUUGCUUGAAUCCCAGUGCUCAGUCAGCCAUAAAUGGUGUGUUGCCUGAUUGAAACUUAAAAUCUCCGUAGGGGGCUUGUAACAUGCAGAAAAGUUUGAAAGUUGCUUUAGGAGAAGCCAACUCUUAACUGCUGGGUAAAUUGACAAGCCUUCGAACACUGAACUGAAGGCCAGUAACGACUGGGCGCUGGGUGGGAGAAUGAAGAGGAGACGCUAUUAAAUUUAGCACAUACACUGUGUCUCCUAGAGGACCCUCCCUUCCUAGACAACUGCAGGCCGCUUUGUGGCCUGGGAAAUUCCACAUUCCCUUAAGUAUUUUACUCAUGGUCUUUUCCAGGUAAAGAUUUUAAGAUGAAGGGUUAGACGUAGUCUACCUAUCUUUUUAUUCAAGUCUAGAACACGUUUUUAGCACCUAGAAGUUUGCUUUCUCCAUUAAAAACCGGGAAUAUACAAUAAAUAAAAUUAGUGUUAAAACAGAUUUUUACAAACUUAAAUACCAUGUAAUUUAGGUUACAGUUAUUUAACAUAAGGACUGUGUGAUCUUAAAUCUGCAAUUUCUUUCACACCUGGGAAAUAAACUAAGGCCCGUCUUUGGUGCCAGACAAGGCCUUAUACUUGAACACUGCUGUGCAAUCACAGGCUGCCUUGCCUAGAUAACUUAUCUGAGAAAUUCUGAUGAGAAAUGAAAUUUCCAGAGUCCCUCACAAGUAAAUUUUUUUUUUCUUUUUUUUUUUUUUGAGACGAAGUUUCUCUCUUGUUUCCCAGGCUGGAGUGCAAUGGCGCGAUCUUGGCUCACAGCAACCUCCGCCUCCCGGGUUCAAGCCAUUCUCCUGCCUCAGCCUCCGGAGUAGCUGGGAUUACAGGCAUGCGCCACGACACCCUGGCUAAUUUUGUAUUUUUAGUAGAGACGAGGUUUCUCCAUGUUGGUCAGGCUUGUCUCGAACUCCGGACAUCAGGUGAUCUGCCCGCCUUGGCUUCCCAAAGUCCUGGGAUUACAGGCUUGAGCCACCGCGCCGGGCCUAAAUGUUUUUUUUUCUAUGCCUCUAAUGGACCUAGUCACUUAUUCCCAUUCAGACUGACCGCUCUCCUACCUGCCAACUAACUAAUCAGUGUAACCAAAAUCUGCAAACAAAAUUCAGUAUUCUUUCCCCGCCUUUUCCCCUUUCUCUUACAUAAAUUAUGUUUUUGCCUGUGUUAGAUGAAAUAAUUCUAUUGCUUGUUCUCUCUUCUGUACAAGUACCCAGUAAGCAAAUUAUUAACUUCUUGGUCAUUUAUUUCUGAAUUUUCCACCAAGACAGUGUUUAUGUGAGUCAUACAAUAAGAACCAACAGAAAUGUGUGUCUUGGAAACAGCUUGUCUAUCCCUGGACCCUUUGAGUUUUCUGUUCACUUUCCUUUGGCUUUUGCAUGCUAAAAGUUUAUCGUCCGCGUUUGUUUCUUGUUUUGGUUAUUCUAAUUGGACUUGGCUGAUUGGUUGCAUAUUGGUGGCAGUAGUAGAAUUUGAAUUCUGGUUUUCUGGUCACAUCAUUAAGUGAUUAGUCAGUGGAGAGGACAGGAAAUCUGGUUUAUUUAUUAACCUUUUUUUGGGGUGUUUUUGUUUGAAGAUGUUGAUAUUCUCUGUGAGAACACAGGGUUAGAGUCGGUGUUUUUCUUUCUGACUUUACAUGGGAUUUGAUGUUUUGUGCUUGUAUGCCUCUUUCCACCUUCCAAAACUUGUCUUUUUUGAGUCCAAAUAGUUGUCGAUAUCUGCAAAACCAGUAUUCCUGUGUUAAGAUGAUAUGAAUAUAAAAUGGCUGCCCUGUUAUAACUUUUGACUUUAAGAAAGUGUUAGGACUAACAGGAGACAAAAAGGAAAUCAAGGAAACCGAAUGUCUGGUCUCAAUAACUGCUAUGCCAGAGGCUCUACAGCUUAUUAUUAAUUUUAGUAAUUUCACAUUAUUGCCCCUUCAGGUUCUUUAAGUAAGGUUAGAGGACAGAAGAAACAUAAUGUUGUUACAAAUUGGACUAUUGAG